GAGAAAGCAGUGAGUCAUUUGGUAGACUCACCAUCAUCCGAAGAGACUCGGAGCACCUGAAGGUCGGGCGUUUUUAAACCGGCAGCAGUGAGAGCUCCUCCGCGUUGAGCGCACUUGACUUUCCCUUCCACCGUCUCCUGGCGCGGUCUGCGCAAUCACAGCCGUCUCCAAAUGUGGCUCAGGGAAGCGUCGGGACGCGAGAAAUCCAACUUAAAGUUAGGGGGCCUGGAUACUGUUGCAGAAUCCUGUUGCUGUGUUGAAGCUGAAUCUGCCCCUGCACUGAACAGGAAGAGCCUGGACUAGUACUCGCCCACCGUCUUACCCAGAAAAGUGGCUUCGCAAACUGCAUUUUUUGGUUGAGAGAACAUGCAAAGAUUCUUUUCUCGAUGUGUGCACCCACCUUUCUGCCCCAUCUUUAAUGCAUUUCUGACAGUGUUUUUGUACCAGCUGCAUAAUAACAGUCAGUUUUAACAUCGGUAACAUUUUCAAGAUGGAUUACCUGAUCUCAGCGCAGUAGGUUUCGUCUGCAUUCAUUACACUUCUCUCUCUGUGUUUCUGCAUGCAUCCUGUAGUUUUUCUUGAUGCUUUGCCAACGUAAUGGCUCAUUUGCUCGAGGCAUCAUCAUUCAAAUUAUGUUUUGACAAGACAGAGUUAAUGUGAUCAUUACUCUAAUGGCUUUUAUGAGAAUGCCCUGAUGUCCCUUUUCUCCUGUAGUGAACUUAAAUAGUGUGUUUCAGUCUACCUUUGCUGCACAGGACAGUGUCGGGCAUCAGCUAAGUGUUGGAACAGAUGGUUCCUGUGUUGAACAAUAUGACCCCAGCUCCUCUGACACAGAACUGUUCCAACUGCAGCCAGGUACUAGUCCCUGAACUCAACGUAGUUAAGGCUGUGGUGUUGGGCCUGGUGCUUGGUAUAUUAAUUGUGUUUGGAAUUGUGGGAAACAUCCUGGUAAUCCUCUCAGUGGUUUGCCAUCGACACCUGCGGACAGUCACACAUUAUUUUAUAGUUAAUCUGGCGGUGGCAGACUUGCUGCUGAGCUCCACUGUACUACCCUUCUCUGCCAUUUUUGAGAUUGUGGAUCGUUGGGUGUUUGGACGGGUUUUUUGCAAUGUUUGGGCAGCUGUAGAUGUGCUCUGCUGCACUGCCUCCAUCAUGAGCCUCUGUGUGAUCUCUGUUGACCGCUACAUUGGAGUCAGUUACCCUCUGCGUUACCCAACUAUAAUGACAAAACGCAGGGCGCUGCUGGCAGUGAUGCUGCUGUGGGUGCUGUCCGUCAUCAUAUCUAUUGGACCUCUGUUUGGCUGGAAAGAGCCACCACCUGAGGACGAGUCCAUCUGCAAGAUCACAGAGGAGCCAGGCUACGCUAUCUUCUCUGCUGUGGGCUCCUUCUACCUCCCUCUGGCCAUCAUACUGGCCAUGUACUGCCGGGUUUAUGUGGUCGCACACAGAGAGAGCCAGGGCUUGAGGGAGGGCCACAAGACAGAGAAGUCAGAUUCAGAGCGGGUGAUACUCAGGAUACACAGAGGCAACACAACUGUAUCAGAGGACGAAGCCCUUCGCAGCCGCACACAUUUCGCUCUGCGACUGCUCAAGUUCUCACGUGAGAAGAAGGCCGCCAAGACCUUGGGCAUCGUGGUCGGCUGCUUUAUCUUGUGCUGGCUGCCCUUUUUCCUGGUGCUACCUAUCGGCUCCAUAUUCCCUGCUUACAGACCUUCAGACACUGUCUUCAAGAUCACCUUCUGGCUCGGUUACUUCAACAGCUGCAUCAACCCCAUCAUCUACCCUUGCUCCAACCAGGAGUUUAAAAAAGCUUUCCAGAGUUUACUCGGAGUUCACUGUCUAAGAAUGACUCCAAGAUCAAACCACCACCAUCUGAAUGCAGUUCAGAGUCAAACUCAGGGUCACAGCCAGCCCCUCAAUCUGGGCCUGGACAGCAGGGGGGCUCCCUGUCGGCUCAGCCCUUCCUCCUCUAUAGCCCUGUCCAGAACCCCUUCCUCUAGGGACAGCAGGGAGUGGAGAGUCUUUUCUGGAGACCCCACAGGCGGAUCUGGACCAGCCGAGACGAGCAGGGCUAAAGUGGCCAAACUCUGCAGUAAACGCUUUCACCAAACCUGCUGCUGCUUCCUCAGAGGUGGGACUCCCCCGCAGGAGUCAAACUGCGCCCAACCUCCUCCUGUCGGAAACCUUCCCACCAUUAAAAUCCACCAACUGUCCCUGUCGGAAAAAGGAGAGCCUGUAUAGCAACUAUAAUCCUUCAUCCAUUAGUCAUGACUCCCCUUUCAAGGUCACAGAUGAGAAUAUAUUUCCAUUUGCUCUGUUACCUUCAGGAUUAACUGUGUUGGAUUGGUGGUUGCUUCAAAAUGUAAAAGUCUCUGCUUUCGUAUGAUUUUUCCUGGAUUUUCAGAUCGAAAGAGGUAUUGCAGCCAUUAUAUUUGAUCCCUUUAAAGGUCCAGUGUGUAACAUUUAGGAGGAUCUAUUGGCAGGAAUUACAUAUAAUAU